AUGGUGAACGAGCAAUAUUUUGGUAGAGCAUGCAAAACCUGUCGUCGUCGUGGUCGCGGUUGCGACCGGCGUAUGCCCUCUUGCAAUACCUGCGAAGCUAGCGGUCAAAAGUGUGAAGGAUAUUUACUCCAAUGGCCAGGUUUAGCGAGUCGAGGACAGUUUGUAGGUAAAAGUAUCCCAGUACCAGGAACGACAAAGCGACGACGAACGCGCCGAGCUCAACAACCGACUGCGAGAACACCAUCUCCGCCCACUGCUCCACAAUCGCCGCAGAGCCCCGUUAAUGAUGUUCAGACUGAGCCCCAAGAGAACCAAGUCGAAGAUCUGCUUGAUCCUUUGCAGUUAUUUGUGGGCAUUCCCGAGAAUCAUGCUUCACCUGGACUCUUAACGUGGUCCGAUGAAUUUGCUCUAGUCGACAUUUUCCCUGAAGAUAUUACCGAGCCCCAACUAAGUCUAGCCAUAACGCCUCCGCCGCAAGAUCAGUACAAGGAUCUUGGAGGCUCGCUGAGCUUUUACAAUACAUUGGGCUCAAGUCUGGACUGUAUCAGUAUCCCGGAUGAACUCAAGUUUAUAAUGCAAUAUCGUGAGUCUUGUCACUUCCAAGGUGGUUCUGUUCAUUAA